GAAGGGAGAGGCCACUGAGCCAACCUGGCUCUCCCUGGUGUUGCUGUGUUGCAUCAACCUCCCUGGGGAUGAGCUGCAGCUGGCCUGGUUAGGGCUUUCCUGUGCUGGUGAACAGGUCCAGCUGAUGCAUACUCUCUAGGAGCCUGGGGUGCUGAGCAUGCAGGCAGCCCUGCAGAACCAGCCCUGGGCUGCAGGACUGGGACUAAAGUCUUUGCCCAGGAGCUUAUCCACCUGCAGAGGAGCAGUGUCCUGGGAUGCACAACCCAGCUCUGCACUGUGCAGGAAGCCCUUGGAGGUGCUAGCUGCCCAGGGCUGCUGCCCAGUUCCCAAAUCACCAGGACUCUCCCAGCUGCCUUGGCCUUGUAUCCAGCACCUCCUGCAACCUUUGCAAUCACCGGUGCCUCGCAGCUGCAGGAGGAAGCCGCUGCCCAGGUCCGGGAGGAAUCCACGCCUCUGCCUGGCAUCCGUGAGGGACAGUUUGAGCCUGCUCAGCCAGCACCAGACAGACUCCUGCCCUGCGUCAGACCUAGCCGGCCUUGCCUCCAGCACCCCGUUGCCCUGCAGCGUAGGGAAGGAUCGUGCCGGGGGGCCCAUGGAGGGCUGUGUGGUGCUGACCUCUGCCAGCAUGUACCGCAAGCUGCAGGAGACCUGGGACCCCCCUGCUGGAGCGCGGCCAGGCGGCGAGAUGAGUGGCGAGCAGGAUCCCUGGGAUCGGGCCGAGUCGCCAACAGAGCCCGGGCCUGUGCGGGGCCUUUCUGCCUCUCUGGGCUUCUUCCCCAAGAGCGGGCAGCUCCUGAAGUCAGAGUCGGAGGACUCUGGGGUAGAGAUGGCCAGCAACGAACACUCGCCCUCCACCCCGCUCGGCUCUGAGAGCAGCUUCUCCUUGGAUGGCCUUGACGGCUUCCAGCCCUGUGCUGAUGACCCGGCAGGCAGCAACCCCGAGGAGAGCCGCUCCGGGGCAGCAGGCCUGGGGCAGCCGGACACCCUCCAGGAGCGGGACUGCCAGCGCAGCCUGUCGGCCAGUGUGAAGCUGGCUCAGGUGCUGCAGCGGUCCAGGAAGCACCGCAUGGCCGGGCGCUCUGCCCGACAGCUCAGCAGGAGCAAACGGAGCCAGGAGGGUGCAGAGCCGUAUGGCUUGCAGCAGCCCGGCAGCCAGGGUGGCAUUGCAGGGACUGUGGAGGAGCACAGCCAAGCCCCCUCCGGCCACCACAGCCCAGAGGCAGGGAGUCCUGAGCCCUGUGGGGACCGGACGGAGGGGCCCAGGGACCCCGGUCUAACCCUGCCAGGGCAGGGGCUGCGCUACUUGGAGCACGUGUGCCAGAUGCUGGAGAGGAUCGCCCAGCUGCAGAAGGCCAAUCUGCGGCUCCAGCAGCAGCAGGCAGUGAUGGAGAGCCGGCUCCGGAGCCAGGAGCCCAAGCACAUAAUGAGCUUGGUGGAGGGGCCUUGCAGAGCCCCAGAGGAGCAGGCACCGAUGUCAGACCCAGCGCCAGGGAGCGGGCUGGAGCUGGAGAUGCAGGAGGAGGACAUGUCCCUGGCACCCUGGAGGCCCCAUCCCUUCCGGGCACGUUCAUCUUCAGACACGGGGACACUGUGGGACCUGAGCAGGAGUGCAGAGAACGACCCUGCUCCCUUCAGGAAGGCAGCUGGGCACUCCUGCAGCUCGCCCAGCCUGCUGGAUCAGUCGGACAGAGGGGCCUGCACCCUCCCCCCGGGCAUGAGGCCCCAGAGCAACCUGUCGCAGUGGGGAAAAGUCAAAGUCCUGAUCACCAGGAUCGCUCGGAAAUCACCACGAGGCAGUGAGGAGGCAGUGGGGGGCCGACGCUGCAGAGCGGAGGCCACGCUGGAGAAACACGUCCCCCACCCCGCAAGGACCUUCCUGCCGGGCCUGAGUGUGAAGAAGCACCGAGCGAAGACCCUGUCUGUGCGCUGAGCAUCCUAGAGCCUGCAGUGCCUCUGGGCUUGGUGCUGGAGUGCCAGAGGCUAAGCCUGCCCUGUUGCAAGCAGCGGGAGCUGUGUGUACUCCUUGAAGUGUCCUAGUCUCCCCGCUAAUCCUGGAUGGGAUUCCUCAGGCUCUGCCUUGCCGGCUCUGGGGUGGGAAAGGACUGGGGGUUGGGUUCAAGGCACUCUGCCUUGCCUAAAUUCUGGGCUCGUGGCAAAGGGCAGAGCUGGGCCUGCUCCUACCCCCACUAUGGCUCUUCCCCUACUCCUCCGCACGCACCACACUGGAGGCAGGUCCUUGGGAAGCUGGCUCGGCCCCUCCUGCCCACUCCCCCUGCACCUCCCUGGCGUGGUUCUGCUGCCAGCAGGUUGCUUUGAAAUCUUGCUGCUCCCAGUUUGCAGCCUGCUGCUGCAGGUCGCGUUUGUGCCCCAGGCACUGUGGGCAGGCCGACGGCUGUCUCAGCUAUGGGGCAUCUCACUGUGGACUAAGGUGGAGCACAGACUGCUUGGGGGCCUUCGAGGAACAAUGCGC